AUGUUCUGGCAGCGCUGUGCCGUGCGUGCAGCGCCACGCGCUACAUGGACGAUGAGGCACUUGUCUACGAAUGCGUCCACGCACCAGGGCAUGCUGAAGCGCGUGCUUGUGGAUGCCAUCAAGGCGCGUGGACCCCUGACCAUCCCGGCAUACAUGCAGGCGUGUCUUACGAAUCCCGACUAUGGCUACUACGCCACAAAAGACCAGGCGUCCCCAAGUAUUCUCGGAUCACGCGGUGACUUUAUCACAAGUCCAGAGAUCAGCCAAGUGUUUGGAGAGCUCCUUGCCGUGUACUUUGUAUCGCGAUGGCAAGCGGCUGGUGCUCCGUCGCGCGUACGGCUCAUUGAGCUCGGCCCGGGUCGCGGUACACUGCUGUGUGAUAUGCUGCGUACGUUUUCUGCCUUUCCAGAGAUGAUGUCGGCGCUGCGAUCCGUAGAGCUCGUGGAGUCGUCGCCGUUAUUUAUUGAGCAUCAGGAAUCGGGGCUGAGUGCGACGCUGGGUCGUAUGGGCCGAUCGCUUGCGAAUGCCGACACACCUAUUGAGAAGCUGUCACCGAAAGAAGUGCGCGUAGAGUGGUUUGCGUCACACGAGCAGGUCUCCGUCGCGCCAGAUGCAUGGACCAUCGUUGUGGCACACGAAUUCUUCGAUGCACUGCCGAUCCAUAUUUUCGAGAAGCAUGUGAAUGGCUGGCGCGAAGUCAUGGUCGAUGUGGACGACGGUCACAGACCCGUGAGUGUAGUCAAGGCAUCGGAUUUGAAUCGCAAAGCCCCUGAGCCUGGGUUGCGCUUCGUUCUUUCGCCCGGCCCCACGGCGUGGACCCAGCUUCUCGCCAGCAAUUCUGAGCGCUUCAAAAUGAUGCAGCCAGGUCAGCGUGUCGAGGUCAGUCCUGCUGGAUGGACUGUGGCGCGCCGCCUUGGUGAGUGGGUGUCUGGGUAUCCCGCCUUGCGCCCUGAGCACGCCACUUCACAGCGUCCUCCGGCGGACACGCGUGAGCAGCGAGGCAAGCGCUCCCUGGGCGGAUGCGGCUUGGUCAUUGACUAUGGCGGCAUGCGCUUCUUUAGCGAGAGUUUCCGCGCAUUCCGCUCGCACAAGCUCGUCGACCCAUUGGAGAUGCCUGGUCAGUCGGAUCUGACGGCCAAUGUCGACUUCUCGUUCCUGAUGCAUGCUCUGCACACGACUGAUGCAUUUACGUACGGACCGCUAUCGCAGCGCGACUUUUUGACGGCCCUUGGUUUGUCGCUGCGCCUAAAGAAGCUCGUCGAGUCGAACGCACCAGACAGGCGCGUCGAUAUUGAGCGUGCCGCGCAGCGCCUGAUCGAAGUGAACGGCAUGGGUACGCAGUACCAAAUCCUGGGCAUUUCGUCCCCGGCGCGAGCACAUGGCGAUGAGAGCGUGGAGCCAGAAGAAGUCUAUCCAUUCCUCUAG